AUGGAUAUCCUCCAACAUGCAUCCCUUGAGGCAGAAUGUUGGAGGAAGGCUAAUGAAAAUGAAGAAGUAGAAGAGGAUCAUUAUGACCCUCUUGCUAUAGAAGAGGAGAUAGUGCCCCCUUGGAUACCUCGAAUCCCUACAUGUCGAAUUGAUGCAUCAUGGAUCAAUAAUGACAGCGUUAGUGGGCUAGGGUGGAGUCUUAAGGAUCAGUUGGGCUCUGAACAUUUUGGAUUACGGGCUUGCAACAGGAGCCUCUCAGCCUUGCAUGCUGAGAUGGAUGGUUUACUUUGGGCAGUCUCAUGUAUGAGAGAAAUGAGGAUAUCUUCGAUACGGUUCGAGACAGAUUGCUCGGACCUAGUGGAUAUGACUAUGAAUCCGAUGGAGUGGCCUACUUCUACGACAGAGAUCGAGAUGCUUCAAAGACUUCAGGAGGAUUUUGAGGAUGACUACCAUCCGUCUCGAACGCUGACGCUCGUUUACCAGCCCUCUGUUCUGGGAACGAUAUCAGUAUUGGUUAUUGUGGGACAGAAAAUCAAAAACCAAAGGAGAGUCUUCACCGGUUACUGCCUAUUUGUAAUUGGCAGCAUUUUGCUACUAACGGUUGACAUCGUAACCAAAGGAAAGGGAGGAAUAACCCCGUUUCUCCUUUUAUCCAUUGUAUCGGCGGGAUUUGGCGUAGCCAACGCCCUUGUCGAAGGAGCAAUGAUAGGCGACCUUAGCUGCAUAUGCCCCGAUCUUAUCCAGCCCUUCGCCGCUGGGCUUGGUGUAGCAGGAGCCAUAGCGUCAGUUUUAAGGCUGCUUACCAAAGCAGUCUUCCAGAACUCCCGGGACGGCCUAAGAAAAGGGGCAUUAUCAUUCUUAACCAAUUCACUCUUCAUCGAGCUAGUAUGUGUGAUCAUAUACGGUGUGAUGUUUCCGAAGCUGCCCAUGGUCCAAAAGCAUCGAGCACGCUCGGGUUCAAACCCAGUGGAACCCGUUGAGGAAGUCCCACCACUAUCCAACCAACAACUGGCGCAUCAGAACUUGGACAGGGUUAUAAGUUUAUUCCUGAUAUACGCUUUGACGUUGUCAAUAUUUCCCGGGUUCCUCUACGAGAACACGGGAAAGCAUUCGCUACAUUCGUACCCUCUCGUCCUUGUUACUUGUUUCAACUUAAGCGAUGCGCUUUCUCGAUACAUCACUAUGGUCAAACCCCUUAAAAUGCAAUCAGGAAAAGUGAUAGUAGCCUCUGUUCUUGCUCGAAUGUUGUUCCUUCCCGCCUUUUAUAUCACCGCAAGGUACGCAGAUCAGGGUUGGAUGAUCACCCUGACAUCCUUCCUAGGAAUUUCAAACGGUUAUCUUACCGUCUGCGUACUCACGCAAACACCAAAGAGAACUUACAAUGUAUCUGAAGCUAAUGCUCUCGGCAACAUCCUUGUAGCCUCGAUGCUUGGGGGGAUCUUUGCUGGUGUCUGCCUUUCAUGGCUUUGGUUGAUCGGCAGCAACAAGUCCUUUUAG